CUCCUCCAAUGACCAACUAAGAACGCCCCACUGCUCCGUCUCACGUUCCGGGGUGGGGAGCUCAGAAGUUUGCAUUCGGUGUCGGUAAAACAUGGGAUUCGAGCUGGAGCGCUUCAGUGGAACAGUAGACCCGGAUUUGAAAUGCAAUCUGUGCAAUAAAGUUUUGGAAGACCCUCUGACUACUCCGUGCGGCCACGUCUUCUGCUCCGGCUGCGUUCUACCUUGGGUCGUCCAGCAAAGGAGCUGCCCCGUCAAUUGUCAACGGAUCUCCUCCAAAGAGCUGAACCACGUCCUGCCUUUGAAAAACCUCAUCCUGAAGCUGGAGAUCAAAUGUGACAACCAUGUGCGGGGCUGCGAUGCGGUGGUGAAGCUGCAGCACCUGGCCGAACACGCCGGGAUGUGCGACUACUCUCCGGCCAAGUGCAGGAAUUUGGGAUGCAACGAGGUGCUCAGCCUGCGGGACGUCGACGCUCACAUGCGGGAGAUGUGCGACUUUCGAGCGGCGGGGGUCUGCGAGCGCGGUUGCGGCUUGACGCUCACGGUGAAAGAGCAGCGACUCAACGAGCACUGCUGCGUGAGAGCCCUUAAAGCGCAGAACGGCUUGCUGCACUACAAAAUGAUGUGCCUGGACGGCGAGCUGAAGAAACAGACCAUCGAAGCCAACAAGAGGGAGAAAGCACUACUGGCGCAACUUUCCGCCGCUCACGCGGAGCUGCAGACGACGGCGGUGAAAUAUCAGAAGAAAUUCACAGAGUACAGCGAGAGGAUCGACUCUCUCACCAAAACGGUGACUUUCUCCUGCAAGGAACGGGAUACUAAAAGAGUGGCAGUUGUCCUCCUUCGUGAGGGUGGAUCUCUGGGAUUUAACAUCAUGGGAGGAAAGCCAUGUGUGGAUGAUCAUGACACCACUUCAAAUGAGGGGAUCUUUGUGUCCAAAAUUACUGAGAGUGGACCAGCCGACAAGAUGGACGGCCUUCAAAUCCAUGACCGGAUAAUUGAGGUUAAUGGCAAAGACCUAUCAAAAGCGUCCCAUGAUCAAGCAGUGGAGGCCUUCCGUACUGCCAAGGAUCCCAUUAUGGUCCAGGUUUUGCGCCGGGCCCCUCUGCCAAAAUUAUUCCCCACAACCGCUGACACGCAACUGUCAGAUAUCAGCACCCAGACUGAAAUCACCCUCCAACACAUUAUGCCCCUCGCCAAGUUACCACCAUCAUCACCCACCAGGACAGUACUCGAGGAGUACCUUCUUCCAGAGGAGCAUCCUCCUGGGCAUGAAUACUUUGACCCCAAUGAUUUCCUGGAUGGUAUAAAUCAGGACAUAGAACGUGAUGAGCUAGAGUAUGAGGAGGUUGAUCUGUACAGAGCCAACAUACAAGACAAGCUGGGCCUGACGAUCUGUUACAGGACCGACGAUGAGGAUGAAGCUGGGAUCUACAUUAGUGAGAUUGAUCCAAACAGCAUCGCCGCUAAAGAUGGCAGAAUUAGAGAAGGUGAUAAAAUCGUCCAGAUCAAUGGCAUCGAGAUCCAAAACCGUGAAGAUGCUGUUGUGUUGCUGACCAGUGAAGGGAACCAGAACAUCUCUCUCUUGGUUGCCAGACCACACAUCCAGCUGGAUGAGGGCUGGAUGGACGAUGACAGGAAUGAUUUCCUCGAUGACCUCCACAUGGAUAUGCUUGAGCAACAGCACCAUCAGGCCAUGCAGUUCACUGCCAGUAUGCUACAGCAGAACAAACAUGAGGAAGAUGGGGGCACCACUGACACCGCCACACUUCUUUCCAAUCACCACGAAAAGGACAGCGGAGUUGGUCGUACUGACGACAGCACCCGGAAUGAUGAGAGUUCAGAACAGGAGAACAUCGCCGAUGACCAAACUACAGCAUCCAACACACUGAGCAGCUACAGAAAACUGACCUUCAGCCAGGACACCCUCGGAAGUACCGACCUGCCUUUCAGUGGCGAGUCAUUGAUCUCUGGAGACUAUGCCGAUGCCGACUUUCUUGGUAUCCCCUUGGAUGAAUGUGAGCGCUUCAGAGAACUCCUGGAGCUUAAGUGCCAAAUGAGGAAUGGAGGAAUUCACGGCUUAUAUUCUCAAGGUGGUGGGGCAGAAGGCCAUGACCAGGAGGUUGUGGACAAAGAGCUGGAACUGCUCAACGAGGAGCUACGUAAUAUCGAGCUGGAGUGCCUUAAUAUUGUCCGUGCCCACAAGAUGCAGCAGCUUAGGGAGCAGUGUCGUGAAUCCUGGAUGCUCCAUAACAGUGGCUUCCGCAACUACAAUACUAGCAUAGACGCACGCCGCCAUGAGCUAUCAGACAUUACAGAGAUGCCGGAGAAAUCUGACAAAGACAGCUCCAGUGCCUACAAUACGGGCGAGAGCUGCCGCAGCACUCCCCUUACACUGGAGCUGUCUCCAGACAACUCCUUGCGUCGUGGGGCUGAGAAGCAAGCUGGGCCAUCUAGUGCAAAUGACAGGGAGCUCAAACCUCUCCUGUCCCCUCUCCAAGAGGUUUGUGGCCCUAGCAGAACCAAAGCCCUUUCAAAGGAUCCUGAUUCUCUGCAGUUAGAAAGCAAGGAGAGGAAAAUGGGAGACUCCAGCAAACCAGGGAGGAACUUCGGUCAGCCACGCUCACCCUACAAGCAUGCACACAUCCCCGCCCACGCCCGGCACUACCAGAGCUACAUGCAGCUGAUCCAGCAAAAAUCUGCCGUAGAGUAUGCCCAAAGUCAGAUGAGCCUGGUCAGCAUGUGUCGGGACCCGAUCGCUUCCAGUGACUUGGCCCAGAAGAUGGAGUGGAAAGUUAAGAUCCGCAGUGAUGGGAGCCGCUAUAUUACCAAACGGCCCAUACGGGACAAGCUGUUGAGGGACCGCGCCUUGCGCAUACACGAGGAGCGCAGCGGUAUGACCACAGACGACGAUGCCAUCAGUGAGCUGAAGAUGGGCCGCUACUGGAGCAAGGAAGAGAGGAAGCAGCACGCUGUCCGUUCUAAGGAGCAGCGGCAACGUCGUGAGUUCAUGAAGCAAAGCCGAGCCGAUUGCCUGAAGGAGCAAGUCAGCCUUGAGGAGAAAAAGGAGCCUAACAUCAUUGAACUCAGCAACAAAAAGAUGAUGAAAAAGAGAAAUAAGAAAAUAUUUGACAACUGGAUGACCAUCCAGGAACUGCUGACCCAUGGUACCAAGUCACCAGAUGGCACUAAAGUUUACACCUCACUCUUGUCUGUGACCACGGUCUAAGUUCUGCUCCCAAUACUAACAGAGAAGACGGAUUGGAGGUUGUUGAACUGUAAAUAGGACACUACCAAUUGUGGUAGAGAUUUCUGCUUCGUUCAAUGUGGCAAAUUGUUGUAAAUAGGAAAUGAGACUUGUAUGGAGAAUUCAUAAAUGCUUGAUUUGACUAGAUUUGUUUGUGGGCUGGACUGUAGGAAACAUUUGCCGAAUUAAUACUUUUUUUACUUUUUUGCUUUCUCUUUUGAAUAAUCUUGGAAGCAUACUUUUUCUAUUGGAUGUAUGAAAUGUGGCAUUUAUAAACAGCCAGGCAUUUACACUAUUUUACAUUAUUUUGUUUCUAUAUACUGUAAAGCUUUUAUCAGUAUUCUACUGCUUUGCAUACUCUGCUUUUACAGAAAAAAAGUUUGUUUUCCUCGCAAUGUAUAAAACAUAUUCCUUUUUAAAAGGUAUUUUGUAAAUAAAAAUGUUUGCAGAAACUGUAAAAGUUUUAAAUGUAAUUUCCCCAUAUUGGUGCUGAUUUCCCAAAGUCAUUUCCAUCAGUGACAUACCAUCUGUUACAUAAUGCAGAGACCAUCAUAAUGUUUAUGUGCCUAUGUUUAGAAAAAGCCAUUUCAUAUAUUGACUCCAUUUGUGUUUAAGCACACUUUAUAGUUACUUUGGCUUUCUUGGUCCUUCGUGUCCUGAAGUCAAUUCCAUCAUUCUUAGUAAUACACUAAAUUUGAC